AACGAAUCAGUCGAGUUUGAAACUUACACUCAAGUGGAGUUGCGAUUACGAGUUGUUGGCUCGUACUCAAACGUACAGUAGUUGCUUGUGUAGUGUAGUUUCUUUGCUAUGUAGAACAAUGUAAAGGCAUAUAAUUUGCAUGCAUACGAAAAAAGUUUUACGAACAUAACGGAAUCCUAAUUUCAUUUUUAACGCUUGAGAAGGCAUUGUAGCAGUAAAUAAACGAACGAAAACGAAGCUUAGCGGUAAAUUGUAGCAAGUUAAAUAAUAACUGGAACACAUUUUGUUGUAGCAUACAUUUGGGUGCGAAUAACUCCAUUAAUUUAAAAGUCGUUGACAGAACAAAGAUAAACAUAAGCAACAACAAAUCGACGGAAAGGAAGACGAACAAGAGAAAGCAAGAACAACUCGUGCACGCGACAAAGCGUUUGCUGGGAAAAAAUUGACGCGAGAUCAGCGGUGUCUCAUAUACCAAGAUUAAGUGUGCGCCAUUUCGGAAACACGCAAAGCCUGAUUUUCGACGCUGAUUAGAGGCAGAAGCAAAGUGAUUGCCGGGGCAAACGAGCGCUAGGCACUCCGGGCAGUUAGCGGAGUACAUAAAGCAGCAGCAGAAACAGCAAUUGGGGAGAAUCAACCGAAAUAAUAACGGUCCCGUUGACGUGUGUUGCAAGUGCGAAGACAAAAACAAAUCGGGAAAACCGACUGGGAAAAGUACUAAAUUAACUUGGCGCGUGUGAAAAGUUAAAGCAAGUUGCUGCAACAAUUACAAAAACAAUUGUGUAAAAAAAACAAAAAAAUAAAAACUUGAACAAAAACAAAAAGUGAACGUGCAACAAAAGCGUUUGUGAGACUAAGUGUGUGAAGUGAAUAUUGCAGAAAUAAGCGUCCUGCUUCAGCUCCAAAUAUUGUGUACGAGUGUGUGCUUUUGCGUCCCUCACGUGUCAGCACGAAAGGAUAAUUGACAGCGUUACACCACGCGAAUUCCAACUUAAUUUCGGUGAAAUUUGUUUACUCGCAGGGCGCUAAAAUAACAGCAGAGCUUUAAAGUCAGUAUAAAUAGAGAGUAGUGCUUCGUCUCAGCAGCAUAUCAACGCCGUUAGCGUCGCUCUCAAUGAUGUGGCACGAACAGCAGCGAUACCAUCAGCAGCCGCAACGCAGCAUGCGGCGCCCGCGUUCGCCUUUGGCGCGUUACUGGCCGCUGGCCAUUAUUUUGUUGCUGCAAUUAUUGCUUGCCACCGACAAAGUGGACGCCAUCGACUUGAGUCGCCUCUACGGGCAUAUGGCCAACAACAUACAGAAGCGAAGCGAUGCCUGCCAUCCAUAUGAGCCGUUCAAGUGUCCGGGUGAUGGUAAUUGCAUUUCCAUUCAAUAUUUAUGCGAUGGUGCGCCCGAUUGCUCCGAUGGCUAUGACGAGGACAUGCGACUCUGUACGGCAGCUAAACGCCCACCUGUUGAGGAGACCGCCUCCUUCCUGCAAAGUCUAAUCGCCUCGCAUGGUCCCAAUUACUUGGAGAAGCUGUUCGGCAGUAAGGCUCGCGACGCACUCGCUCCGUUAGGUGGCGUGGAGAAGGUUGCCAUAGCCCUGAGCGAAUCACAGACGAUUGAAGAUUUUGGCGCCGCAUUGCAUUUGAUGAGAUCCGACUUGGAGCACUUACGAUCCGUUUUCAUGGCUGUUGAAAAUGGCGAUCUCGGCAUGUUGAAGUCGCUCGGCAUCAAAGACUCCGAACUGGGCGAUGUGAAGUUCUUUUUGGAGAAAUUAGUCAACACCGGCUUCCUAGACUGAGUGGCGCCAGAUCCCGCUUCUGGAUUUUAUUAUGCACACGCACAACCCAUUAACCCCAAUUUUUACUCGUACUUGGGCACACCCUAUGACAACUACAACUACUAAAUACGAACACGUAUUUGGUAGGCGACGUAGGUGAAAUAGGGCGACGCCUUAUUUACGAAUAAAAAGCACACACACACAAGAGCAGACAUACACACCAACAACAACAACAAAUAGAAACGCAGAUACAUUGAAGCAGUGGUAUAACAAAAAUAGCAAAAAACACAUGAAAAAGUAGUUGGAACAUAAUUCUUUCUCAAAUCUUAAAGUGAAGGAACAAAUUACAGUGAAAUCUUCAAGUUUCUUUCCAUUUUCUACACACAUUAUUUUUGUUGGACUUUAAUUUGUUUACCGAGGUUUCGUUUUGACGUGUGUUUGCAGAAUUUUUAUAGAAAAAAAUCAAAGUAAAAAUCACAAAAAAAUUGCAAAAAAUUAUAUGAGACCAAAAAAAUCGAUUGUGUUUAGAAAAUAUAUAUAACUGAAAAUAGACUUAGGCAGGCGAAAGCGCGGGGCAGGUGUAAAAGCGGCGGCGAAGUAGAAAUAAAAUGCGACAAUUGCAUAGUUCCAAGCAACCAAUAGAAGCUUUGUAUGGGUGAGUAGUUGAUGCGUCUUUGCGGGCAGUGCGUACUUCCGGGGAUUCCAUGAGCGAAUGCAAAUUACAACAAACAUAAUAUUAUAACUGGUUUUACUGCUACCAACUACGCUUUGUUUGUAUGCUUUCUUUGCGCACUUUUUGCUUUACUCACUAGCUAAACGUUGCUUUCUAUUCGACUCCGAGUCAAGGCGCUAUUUUGAAAACUGAAAUUUUUGAGAAAAGAAUAGUGUACAUUAAAAAAAUAACAACAACAAACAAAAGUAUGAAAUAGUCAAUGGUUUUCAGUGGUAUCUCAAUGUGUACAUUCCAAUUCAAUCAUAUUAAUAAUAAAAUGUGGAAGCAGGAUCGACAUGAACAAUGAAAAAACAAAACAAAUGAAGAAGCUAAGAAAAAAAAUGCGAUAAAAUUGAGUAAUUACUAUGAAAAAUAAACUAAAUGGCGCAAACAAAAUGCAAUGUAUAUGUUGGAGGAUAGAAGAGUGCAAAACACAGGCAUUGCAGCAAAAAAAAAAUUAAAAUAAAAUACAUGAAAUAGUAGAAGUUUCUGAAAAUUUUGGAAAACUAAAGCAAAAAAACGAAACAAACAAAUAGUGCAACUAAAAUUGCAAAAAAAUACUGUUGUACUCGAAAAAAAAUAUAAAAAUACAAAACUUAAAAAAAAAAUUAUAAAAAAAAAUAAAAAAGAAUCUUUAAAAAUCUCUUCAUCCACUUAUGAGCAUGACUAAUGCCGUAGUACAAUUAGCAUGUAUGUAUCUCACAAUGGCUAUCAGUAUAUACCUUCCAGCUAAAAACAAAAACAAAAAACAAACACUUAAAACUACGAAAAUAUAUUUAAAUUUUUUUUUAUUAGAAAACAAA